GUGUUAGUAGUCUGGCUACUGUACAGGGUCUGCAUUUGUGUACUUCUUACUUUCACUUAUAUUGUAGCUAGUCUCAGACUAGACAAAACCAGAGGGAAACGGCCUACAGAUGACUGAAGUCAUGAGUUCCAAGUUAACAGCCAACCCAGAUCUUGAUGUGUUUAAAGAAGAGAGAGAAGGGAAGCUGCGAGAAGUCGGCGGUCACGCAGUCUGGUCUUUGUCAUCAUGUAAACCAGGUUUUGGUGUAGACCAGUUGAGAGAUGAUUCCUCAGAUACAUACUGGCAAUCUGAUGGUCCCCAACCUCACCUUGUCAAUAUUCAGUUUCGCCGCAAAACUACCAUUCAUGACAUCUGUAUCUAUACUGAUUACAAGGCAGACGAGAGCUACACACCAAACAGGAUCUCCAUCCGUGCUGGAAGUCAUUUCAAUGACUUGUUAGAAAUUGAACAAAUAGAGCUAAGUGAACCGGUUGGUUGGGUGUCCAUCCCUAUGAAGCAAGUAAACAACAAACCCAUACGGACAUUUAUGGUGCAAAUAGCGGUGUUAUCCAACCAUCAAAAUGGCAGAGACACACAUCUUCGCAGGAUCAAAAUACGCUCUCCUGUACAUGACUUGUCCAUGGCAAAAAUGCCAAAAUUUACUAGUGUAGAACUGUUACAAUAUGCCUAUAUUAAAUAGUUUAAGAUCCUCCAAAA